AUGAUUUGGACGGUGGCUUUGGGACUGCUAGCUCUCCUCCACGUCAACUUCGGCGAAGCUGCCGAAAAUUGUGCACCUUUAAAAGCGGACGAGGUGGAGAAGAGGAGGAUAAUGGGACGGAGUAGUUGUUCAGAGGCCUCAGCUGCGCCCAACUCGGCGGUCAUCAUGAUUGAGAUGCAGACCUGCCACUCCUUGGUCGUGACCGCAGCAAGUUGGACGGCCGCAGCCUUUUUGUACAUUUCAGACCAUUUGGCAGGAGAAGAACUUUGUCGUCCUGCUCAUUGCGCAAAUGCUGAUGCAGCAGAGUGGAAAAAACAUGUCUUUUUGGCGCCAUACCCCUAUAAACUGCAAGGUGGUGAACUUCGCGGCUACGCCAUGGCCGAGAUGGCCUGUCGAGAAGCGGGUGAGGCCUUCUUCAGUGACGGAGGUUUUCGAGCCCUGCUUACCACGAAAAACCGUCCUCUAGGAAAAAUUUUGCCCCGUCAUCUCUCCGUCCUGCCUGUCCUUAACCUCCAUGGUGAACUCGUAGCCAGAAGUUGGCGUGAUUUUUUGGACGGAAGACUGGCAAAUGCUACAUUAAUCUCGAUGGAUGGGAUAAAGGACUCUACUGGACCUCGAUGGGAAUGGAAGUACUACUGGCUCGGUGAUGGAUACAAACGAACGUGCGAUCAGUGGACUUCGAGUUAUUUAAUGGAUGUGGCCAAUGUAGUUACCUUCGAUUACGCUAACAAUGAAGUGGUUCACGACGUUGCUUCAUGUUCCUCGGACCUCCAUCUUCUUUGCUACUCCGGCCCGAAGGCCAGCCCACCCAGCGUGGUACAAGAAGGCAAAUUCAAAAGUCCAAAAGUCGCGCCUCCCCAAUGCCGAAAGAUAUGCAACCACUGUAUUACAGAGCCUCCCUCCUCUUCUGAGCGUCAUGUCCGACGCUCCCCAUGGUCAACCUCACGCGUCAGCCAUUACAACGUAGUCGGCGCUGUAAAGAAACAUCCGCGACCCGACCGUGCCAGUCACCAAAUUAGCGUGCAACUGAGGAGAUACUUGACCUCAAAGUCACUGACCCCUCUUGCCAACUUAACUGGGACUGGAGUUUCGUCCGGUUCCGAAACUUGA